AUGACCUCUACGGAGGUCGUCCUGCCGAGUGGCUCGGCUUCCAUCCCCAUAACCACCUCCCAACCUCACACUAUUCUAAAGAAAGGAGAAUCGCCUCCUCCUCCAUCUUCCUCCACACUCACACCUACACCCACACAGACAGAAGAUAAUGGUGAGAGCACCUCAAACGGCUUCAAGAUGGAGGAAUCCUCAUCGCCUCUCUCCAAUCCGUCACCACAGGAGGUUCCUCCUUCUACUAACCCUUCGUCUCCCCGAGACGCCAAACCCGAUGUUCCCGACAACUCGGAAGGAUUAAAGAUGGAGCGAUCCGAGUCAUCUAGCACACCUCAGCCGCCGACACGCGGUGGUAGGAAACCGAAGAAAGCACGGCAUAUUGUGCUAUACAACGACCUCCCUGACAAAACGGAGGAGGCCCAGGCUAAAUUCCAGUUGAUGGAGUACUGUACCUAUCAGCCAAAGUCGCUAGCUGACUCGGGACAGGAAGAAGAAUUAAUGUCCUGCGAUUGUCGUCCUGAAUAUGAUGAUGGCGUGAACCAUGCUUGUUCGCAAAACUGCAUCAACGCCGAGACAUUUGUGGAAUGUGUUGACGGAGACUCUAACUGCGGCGGUCAAUGUCAGAACCAGCGUUUCCAGAAAAGAGAAUAUGCCAACGUCUCGGUCAUCCAAACGGAAAUGAAGGGGUAUGGCCUCCGGGCCAAUACUUCCAUGGAACCCGGGACCUUUAUCUACGAAUAUGUCGGCGAAGUCAUCGGCGAAUCUCAAUUUCGUAAACGUCGGGAACUGUACGGAAAGGAAGAUAUCAAACAUUUCUACUUUAUGAGCAUUAAAGUCGGCGAAUACAUUGAUGCGACGAAGAGAGGAUGCUUGGCCAGGUUUUGCAAUCACUCGUGUAACCCGAACUCCAUGGUCGAGAAAUGGGUUGUUGGCGGGAAGCUCCGAAUGGGUAUCUUUGCGAAGGUCAAGAUCGAGGCUGGCGAGGAAUUGACAUUUGAUUACAACGUUGACCGGUAUGGUGCCGACCCCCAGAAGUGCUUCUGCGGAGAGCCGAAUUGCAUUGGGUACAUUGGUGGGAAAACACAGACAGAAGCAUCCACUAAGCUUCCAACGCUAUACCUCGAGGCGCUCGGUCUUGACGACGACGACGCCUGGCUCACGGCUACUUCUCGAAAAGCACAGAAAAAGAAGAGGAAUGACGAUGGAGAUUACAUCUACAAGGCGAAGAUCAGGGAGCUAUCCCAUGAUGGUGUCCCCAAGGUCAUGGGUACCCUCAUGCAAGCGAGCAAACAAUGGAUCGUGGUUAAGUUACUCGAUCGUAUUGAAGCUGCUCAGGACCCGAAGGUCCUGCCGAGGGUACUCGAAAUGCACGGUUACAAGAUCUUCAACAAACUUCUAGGAGACUGGAGAACUGUCACAGAAGUUGUCCUUCCGAUCUUGCAAAUCAUGCACAAAUGGCCACGAAUCACGAAGAACAAGAUUAGCUCAUCCAAGAUUGAGGGCACGGUCAAAGAACUCGCGGAAUCAUCGUCACACCCGAAGGUUAAGGAACUUGCGGCGGAAUUGGCAGAGUCAUGGGGUGCUUUGGAGAUGGGUUACAGAAUCCCACGACGACAAAAGGAUUCGAAUGAUUCGCCUAACCCUGAAUUUGAAAGACGAAAUCGCCGACGUAGUAGGUCGCGAUCUCGAUCGCCACCAGAGCAGGAGAAACCUGUCAACAUUCCUACAGGACCGAGAAACUCCAAACCCCAGUUCAUCCCGAAACCACGGUCAUUCCCGAAGGAUGCGCCAAAGGGACCUCGAAUUCCGAAUGUUCCUCUGCCGCCUGAGUGGAAGGUGUACAAGAACCCGAACGGCAAGACAUACUAUCACAAUACGAUCACCAAUGCAACCCAAUGGGACCACCCGGGCAAGAAUACUCCCCCAACGCCAUCCGCCCGAGCUCCAAUUGUGCAGAAAAAGGAUCCCAGGGUCACCGGCAUUAUCCAAUCUAUUGAGGAUGAGGUUGUCAGAGAGACGGAAGAACGGAGGUUAAUGAGAAUAGCAGCUGCCCAACAGCAACAGCAACAGCCACCUACUCCGGAGGAACCCGUUGAGUCGGAGGAGGAGAGAGCCAAAAAGCUCCUCCAUCAUGAGAGGCGCGUCAAAUUUGCGUAUUAUACUAUUGUCAAAGAGACGACAGCCAUCUUCCUCCCGAAGAUGGGGAAAGCUGAGAUUAAAAAGCGGAAUGAGGAGAUUACACGCCUAUGUGCUCGGAAAGAUAUGAAGAAGACAGGGCUUAAGACGCCUAUCGAACUCAGUAGUGAGAAACAUAGGCAGAUUCGAAAGUUCACGCAGGACUACAUGCGCUCCCUGUGGAAGAAAAUGAAGGCACACUACAUAGCUAAGAAGGCUAAAGAGGCCGCCGCUAAGGGAUCCAAGCUAGAGGGCGGGGCUGAUAAGGACGCCACUGAAUUGGACGCCGAUAAAGAAAUUGCGUCCGAAUAUCCUGGAUUCGACCCCGACGCUGAAUUCGACGCUGAGGCAGCCGUUGACGUCGAUGAGACUCUGGCCGCCAAAGAUGACGAGCCAUCCCUUGAGCCUAGCCCCAACACAGGGCCCCUUUCGCCAAAGAGGAAACGUUCCGACAGUGAAGAUGACGAGAUCAUCGCCAACGGAGCAGGCUCGCCGAAGCGCGGUCGCUUUAACGAGACGAUCGUGCUUAGUAGUGCGCAACCGCCUCCACCGCCCCCUGGCUCUCCACCUCCUGUUACUCCGCUUCCGGCCUCCCCGACUGGUUCUACUCCGGUAUCUGAAUCCCGUUCCCCAAGACACAAGCGGGAUGAAGAUGAAGAACCGGUAUCCAUUGCCGAUGAGAAACAGCCGCGCAAAAGAGCUCGUUCCAUCCCUAAGAGCAGGUCGCCGUCCCCCCGGCCUGUUUCCAAUCCGGCUGUCCAAACUACGGCAUAG